UUCAGAGAUAACAUGAAUGGGAGUCACCUUCAAACGGAGGGGCUACUCUUCGAGGAGAAGCCACUUCAUGUGCCGCCGCUCGCAGAGCUGCAGAAAGUAAUACAGGGAGCUCUUUGUGCCAACUUUGCCAACGCUGAGGUGAGUGUUGGUCCCUGUCCAGAUCUCAAGGGAUCGCAAUAUGGUCUCAUGGAGAGCGGAUUAGGUGGAAAACCCACUCUUUUAGAGGCAGGUGGACCGCCCUACUUGCGACCCCUUGUCCAGCGGGAUAAGCUCUACAAUCUGAAGGAGAUCACUCGUAAAAGUCAAGGUCCUGGCAAGAUCUUUGCUAUGGGACCUGGAGCUGGACCCUGGCCCAUUCGGAAUUCCAACUGUGAGGGCAUCUUUAACUUUGUGGUUAGCGAGAAGGAUGAGUUAACUAAUGGAAGCUACACAGCUACCGUGAGAGGCGAGGAGGAGUGUGUCCUGGAAAGAAUACCCGAAACAGAACCCCGUUGCGCUCUCAUCCUCACUUUUCUGAGUGAGGGUAAACCAGGAGAGGUUCUAAGGAUUCACGAACAGCGCACAGGUGAAGAUAACUUUGUCGAAUGCAUUCGUAAAGCCUUGGAGCUGCACUACAAUGACCAGGUGGUGGGUCUAGGUGGCAUCUUUUUGCUCAAAAAGGGAUGUGUGCAUCAGCAUGUGAUGCGAGACUUUAGCAAGACACCGAUCCACACCCACGAACAGAUCCAACAGUGGCUCAAGUUCUACGAUAUGCCCGCCCAGCUGAAUGCCGUGGGCACUUUGGUGACCAAGGACAUGGGUCUCGAUCUACGCCUGCAGCACUUUCAUUCCUUCUCCGCCAGCAAUUGGGGUGGUCACUAUCACUACGAUACCACGCCAGAGAUUGUAGAGUACGAAGCGUACCUAAAUGUGGCGGAACGUGUUGUCCGCGUGGACAGGCCCGUGGUAACGGAUCAGUUGGGAAGAGACUAAUGGUCCGAGACCAAAAUA